AUGGACGACACGACAGAGAAGCUGAAUCUGAAGCGGGAAUUGGGGCUGGUGGGAGCCGUGUCCCUCAUCGGAGGGACAAUGAUUGGAUCUGGGAUCUUCAUGUCCCCGCAGAUGGUGCUCUACACCAUCGGCAGCCCUGGAGCCAGCUUGGUUGUGUGGGCGUGCUGUGGCGUACUGGUGAUACUGGCGUCUUUCUGCUACGCUGAGCUGGGCACCGUCAUCACAGAAUCCGGCGGGGAGUACAUCUACAUCCUCAGGACUUCGGGGCCGGUCGUCGCCUUCAUGCUGAUCUUCAGCUCCGUGUUAUUUGUGAGACCUGCAGGCGUCGCCGGCAUCUCUCUGAGUUUCGCUCAGUACGCCGUGGCUUUUUUCUACCCAGACUGCCCUCCUCCGGUGCCGCUGGUGAAGUGCGUGGCUGCGGUUGCUAUUGUGGUGCUCGCCACCGUGAACUGCCUUAAUGUUCGCUUUUCAAUGUCAGUCCAAGUGUUUUUUAUGGUGGUCAAGGUUCUGGCACUGGCAGUCAUUAUAAUAGGAGGUUUGGUGAUGCUCGCCAGAGGGCACACGGAACACUUUGAAGACUCCUUUGAGAACACAAAUCUGGCCAUCAAUCCAAUUGGUAUUGCUUUCUACCAGGGAUUGUGGUCCUAUGAUGGCUGGAACAAUCUGAAUUAUGUUACUGAAGAGUUAAAACGUCCAGAGCCAUGCUGGCGGGGCUCUGCUACGCCGAACUGGGCACAGUCAUACCAGACGGCAGGAAAAGUGGUGGCCUUUAUGUUUGUCCUCAGCUUCAUCGCUGUCAUGAGGCCUGCCAGUGCCACAGGAGUUGCACUGAGUUUGGCUGAAUACGUCGUGGCCCCCUUUUACAGUGACUGCACCGCUCCACAAUUGGUGUUGAAGUUGGUUGCUGCAGCAGCUAUCAUGGUGCUGACGGCAGUCAACUGUCUCAGCGUCCGCUUGGCCACCACCAUCCAGGUGGUUUCCAUGGUCGUCAAACUGCUGGCACUGGCUGUGAUCAUAUUGGGAGGGGUUGUGAUGCUUUUCCAGGGACACACUGAGAACUUUGAUAACGAUAACUCCUUUGAGGGAACAUAUGUUGAUGUCAGCUCCAUUGGCAUUGCUUUCUAUCAGGGCUUGUGGUCCUUUGAUGGGUGGAACACUUUGAAUUAUCUAACCGAGGAGCUGAAACACCCAGAAGUAAGAGUUUACUGUUUUCUGUUUGUACAAUGA